UCAUUCUUCUUCUGGCUCCUCCGACGCUCCGUAGGGUGUCGUCAUCACGGUGCGACCGCCGGAAGUCUCUUGGCCCGGCCCGGCCGCCACGGCUCCGCGAGUUUUCCUGAGGCCAGACGUCCGGAGAGACUCCACACACCCCUCCUUCCACCCCCGGUGUACCGCGAUGGAUGAGCCCGGGGAGUCGUCACCCGAGAAAGCUGGAGAGAGUUCCGUGUCAGACGAGGUGCCGGGCGUUGCUGUUCCCGAUGCUCCUGCCGCCGCCACUGCCACCGCCACCGUCACCGCCACCACCACCGCCACCACCACCACCACCACUACCACCACCACCCCUACCCUUACCCCUACCCCCGAGCAAGCCCCGGGAGCUCCCGCGCCGCCUGAUGCGGCCCCGGAGGAGACGAACGGGGAGGGGAACGGGGACUCGGCGGAGGCUGCGACCGAAGACUCCGCUGACCUCAAGGGCCAGGAAGCAUCGGAUUUAAUAGAAACGGGAAGAGAGGACUCGUCAUUACUUCCUUCUGCAGCCAAGAAGAUAAGGAUAGAAACUAAAGAGAGGAGAGAGAAAAAGCAUGAAGUCGAUGAAGAUGAAAUUCAGAAAAUGCAAAUCCUGGUUUCAUCCUUUUCUGAAGAACAGCUAAACCGUUAUGAAAUGUACCGUCGAUCUGCAUUCCCUAAGGCCGCUAUUAAACGACUGAUCCAGUCUAUCACUGGCACCUCAGUCUCUCAGAAUGUUGUUAUUGCUAUGUCCGGCAUUUCUAAGGUAUUCGUCGGGGAAGUAGUAGAAGAAGCUUUGGAUGUGUGUGAGAAAUGGGGAGAGCUACCGCCACUACAGCCCAAGCACAUGCGGGAGGCUGUUCGAAGGCUGAAGUCCAGGGGGCAGAUUCCUAACUCAAAACACAAAAAAAUCAUCUUUCAUUAGGUCUAAGGAACUUCUAACGUUUACUACUGAAAAUAGAAGGAAUGACUCAUAUUUCCUCUCACUGAGGCAUUGUGUACUGUUGCUCAAAUGUCUCAGCCCUCUUAAGGACAGUGUGAUAGAACUUCUAUCCCCAAAUCUUCAGGACCAAAGUUACCUGAUAGAGAAACCUGCCUACUUUCAGAUUUGCCUCCUAUCAAUGUAGGACCAUUUAGUUCAGGUUGUGAUUGAUGGCAAUGUGAUUAGUUGGCAAACUGAAAAGGGGAAAUGUCCUUCUUUAUAGACCCCUUGUACUAAGUAUACAAGACUUCUGUUUUCAAAUGGGUAAAACUCUUCCAAGGAUCAACUUUUUUUGAUUAAUCUUUAGUAUCUUAUUUUGCAAGUUUCACAAUAGAAUGCUAAACUGCUACCAUCAGGGUUUCAUGUUUGGUUUGACUUUGAUAACAGGCCAGAAAUUUGUCACUUGUAAAAUUCGAAAGUUUGGUUUACAAUGUUAGCAAAUGGUGGAAUGACAUAAUCCUUUUAUUGCCUUGUAAAAACUAAUUAUCAUGUGGUUUUUGGUGUAUGAUCAUUAAACUGUUUUUUAACUUGGCAAAAAUGAAUAAAUAAAUCUUCUUUUCCUCAAAGUCCAGUCCCCAAACUAGCUGUUUCAGGAAGCUUUACUUAAGUCAUCCUGUUGAAAUGGACCUCUCUUACAUAUUUAUUAUGGCACUUUGUUUAGACUUCCUUUGGUUUUGUCUACCUUGUGUCAUCAUUAUGUAUUUUUUAAAAAUCAGUCAUAUUAGUUUGUAAGGUCCUUGAGGGUAUAGACCUAUCAUUUUCCCUCCCUGUGCCCCUAGCUUCUACUAUGAUUCCUUAUACAUGGUAGACAGUUAAAUUUGUUGAUUUUUUUUUUUCAUUAGGAGGAGCAGAGACUAGAGCUCUUCUCUGUUUAAUUCUGCAUGCAUUUAUUAUGUAGUUACUUUAUGCCCAGCACUGUGUUAAGCACUAAAAAAUGUAGGUAUUGUCCUCAAGGAACUUGUAACCUAUUAGAGACAAUGCAAAAUGUAAUAGCUAGAAUUAAAUUGAC